GUGCGCAGGCGCAGUUCAGCCGGUGUUUUCGACCUCUGCCUUCGGUGAGUUGGAUAGAAAUCAUUGCGUUCACACAACUCUACAUUCAUCUUCAGUCUGUGUGAUCUCGGGUUUGUUUGGGAUAGUGUUUGCACAAGCAUUCGAAGUCCCAAGCCGCUCAGAAUCACUCACCUGUCAACAUGUUCACCUGCGCGAGACUCGUCUCCACACCUGCCCUGGUGCGUGUGGGAUCCAGGUCCCUGUCCAGGCCGGUUUCUGCUGCUGUGUUUUCCAGACCAGAGGUCAAACCAGAGGUCCUGCCUCAGUCGGCCCUCAGGAGCUUCCAGACCAGCGCUGUGAGCCGAGACAUUGACACCGCUGCCAAGUUCAUCGGAGCGGGAGCUGCCACCGUGGGAGUGGCUGGAUCCGGAGCUGGAAUCGGAACAGUGUUCGGGAGCCUUAUCAUCGGAUAUGCCAGGAACCCGUCUCUGAAGCAGCAGCUCUUCUCUUACGCCAUCCUGGGUUUUGCUCUGUCUGAAGCCAUGGGCCUCUUCUGUUUGAUGGUGGCUUUCUUGAUCCUCUUCGCCAUGUGAAGAACAUCUAGCUUCAUAAACGCAUUUAGUACAGCUGUGACUACAUAUUUUUGCUGUUGCUACCCAAACGUCUGCUGUCGGUCUCUGAGAGAGAAAA